GCUAGCUUGCUGGAGGCUGGGAAACUUGAUAGUUUUCAACAAAUGUCAGGUGUUACGAUUGUUUUGGUUUCUCUGUGGAAGCUGGAUCCAGACCUUACAAUGAUAUCUGUCUCGACUAACACCCACUGAUGAUUUUACCCGGGUUAACGUGAGACACCUUGUAACAACUCACAUAAAGAUGAAAUCAAACCACUAAAGUCAUCUGCAGACUGUCUUGGCAAAUGUCACAUUGACCUACAUGACCUCUAUGGAGAGAAAACAUGAGAUGUGCAGUCCCUUCAUCCCACGGCGCAACUCUUUGAGGAAAACAAGUGCAGAAAUAGUCAGUGAAGCCAGACAGUCCCUGAGAGUCCAGUCCACCCGGCGACCGUUCACUCCCAGAGAUGAACAUCGGCAGCUUUUUGGAUAUAGCUCUGUCCGUGCAGACCGAGACAACAGACCUCCAUCUGCAUUUAGUCUUCAUGCUCAAAAUUUUGAUGCUCCUGACUCCAGACCAGGUUCAGGGACUCGCCUCUCUCCUCUCGACCAUAAGCCAAAGUUUCCAGUCCCCUCCAAUGCUGAGGAUCCAUUCAAGGCCUUUCCCAAACCCCCGACUGACCCACUGGAGGUGAAGAGGGGGCUACCAGGGGCGCGGGCACGCCUCCUCAGGGCUGGAUCUCUCACCAUGUUGUCUCCUAUAGAGGGACACGUAGACGUGAAAGAGAAAUUAAAUCCAGGCCUGGGAAGAAAGCAGCCAUCAGCUAAACGACUCUCCACUUCAGACCACACCGAGGUCCGCAGUGGUUCCCACAGACCUGGCCCUCGCAGAACAGCAAGUGAAAGCAGAAUAAUGCAGCCUGGUGUUGACCCAGGCAUUAGACCCACAGAGUGCAAAGCAGGACCAAGAACAGGGCCGGGGAACGGAGACAACAGCACAAGCACAGAGGGGGACGCAGAGUCAGUGGUGUGGAAUAAUAUGAUUGCUCCUCUUCUCCAACAACUAGAAAGAGUGGCUGCAGGCAGCUCCGAGGGCUCCUUGGACCGUCUGUGUGAUUUGUGCGAUGGUCUCCAUGGCGCCUUGGCAGAAGCGGACAUGCUCGGCCGACGUUGUAAGAGGAGGUCAGGGAUACUUCGAACACUGUUCCGCCUCAUCGACCUUAACUCUGCCCGGCUCAACCUGCACAUCGCCAAGCUCUGCCUCGCUCUGUGUGUCAGUGGAAACAACCUGCUCAACAUCUGUAAGCUCAUCUUCCAGAUCAGCCGCAGUGAAAGCAACGACAUCCUCUUCCAGAGCAACUCUAUCAUAGACACACUUCUGAGCAUUUUAAGCAACGAGGAUCUGUCCUCAUCUGGAGAAGCUCUGCUGUACUGUGUCGGGACUCUGAAAUUUCUCUCAGGAAACAGCGCAAUCCUCAGACUCUUGCUGGACAAGAACUGCAUCGGUGUGGCUCAGAAACUCAUCCAGAUGCUCUGCACAGCAGGAGACACCAACUUCACUAUAGCAGGGCACAUCCUCGUACAGCUGACAGCGUCCUUGAGGAACCUUGCAGAUCACCCUGAUUCCCGUCCACUCUUCGUCUCUCACUCUCUACUAUCAGAACUCUGUGUGGUGCUGCGUCAGCACCACAAAGACCCAGACAUCUGCACCAACAUUUCCAGAAUAUACAGCAAACUCUCCUCUUACUCAGAGUGCCGCCUUGCUUUGGCCCAGACCCCCGACUGCUACCAACUAUUUUUAGAACUGCUGAGCAAACAUCACCAAAAACAGGACCUUGUUGUGCGGCUCCUUUUCACCCUAGGGAACCUCACAGCCAAAAGCGACGAGGCUCGGCUGCAGCUCUUUCAGUGCAACGGCUGCAUGGACACACUCCUGCAGCUGUACAACACCUACCAGUGCAGAGAUGACGACUCACCACACGCACACCCACAGAAAGAUCCCCCUUCCCUCAGCGAGCCUCAGAUUCCUCCACUGAGUGUGCAGGAGGGUGAGGACGUGCUGGUGAAGUUGGUUAGGGUGCUGGCGAACAUGUGCAUCCACCCUUCUGUGGGUCCAGCUUUGGCAGCCAACACAACCUGCAUUCAGCUGCUGAUGGAGACACUCGAGCUGAGGUCUGUGCAAGAAAGCGAGGAGCUGUUAGUCAAUGUGGCUGCCACCAUCAACAACCUGUCCUUCUACCAGGAGCAAAGCUCUGUACUCAGACGCAGUCAACUCACCAUGGCAAAGUUGGUGUUAAAGUUGGUGCUCAGCUCCAGUAUGGACACCGUGCUUGAGGCCACGCGUGUGUAUGGAAAUUUGACACAGUCCAAGGAUGUACGAGACUUCAUUAUGCAAAACAAAGUGCACCAGUUUGUAGUGACGCUGCUCGACUCAAAAAGCACUGAGAUGUGCUUUUCAGCCUGCGGGGUCCUCACCAACCUGGCUCUGGACGCCCCCAGCAGGGUCAGUCUCUCAGCAGAGGGGGCUGCCACCAAGCUUGUGGACUGUCUGAGAGACUUCGGACCAGGUGAUUGGCAGCUGGCGGGCCAGGUUUGUCAGGCGCUGUGGAACAUUAUCGGCGGCGGCUCAGAGAGGCUGCUGGACACACAGGAGAGAGAGUCACUGCUGGAGAUCCUGACCACAUACUUAGAUGGAGAGGAGGCUCUGAAGUGGGUAGAAAAUGAAGAUAUGAGGGACUACCACAAGGCAUGCUGGGAGUUAGAGUUCCUACCUGUAGCUCAAAAACUGAUGAAGAUGCUCCAGCCUGCAGACUGGACAUCCUGACAAACUGGCACUUUGAGUUAAGAGUUUCAUGUUGUCAUAGAAAACGUAGCAUUUUUUAAAAACUUUUGAACACUUAACCCAGAGUCUACAUCAUAAUUAAUAAACGCUUACCUCCUGUAGGGUUUAAAGGUGGCUGUUAAGGUUUGUAGUUUCCUUUUUCAUGGAGAAAGCACGUGAGGUCAGCUUGAGUUCAUGUCAAUGCUGGGGAAAAAAAGUCGAAACACUGUUAAAAACAUCUCAAUCGCUGCUGCAGCAUAAUUAACUUAUCCAGUAUCCAUCCGUAUGCUCAAGUUUUAUUAUUUACCAGAGACUCAAGUCACAUGACUGAGAUUCAAGUCAGUCUGGAAUCACAAAUUUCAUGACUUAAGACUCGACUUGCAACUGGACCUGGACUUUAACACCUAUGACUCAUGACUUCUCUGACUUGAGCCUUUUGACUUGAAAACACUUGAUACUCUUCCCCAAACCCAAAGAUUAAAAAGUAUGUAAUUCAAAAAGUGUGUGCCAUGAAUCAGCUCAUUUCCCUUUUUCUGAAUCAACUAAUGUUAAUGUCUUUAUUUAAUUUGGGCAUAAAACAUAAAACAUGCAACAUAUAACUUUAACUUCUCACUUUAAAUGGAGAUUAGUCUGACUGAAAAUGUCUUACAAAUUUGUGAAGAGAACUUUUAAGACAUCUUUCCAACAUGAAUUCACUUGUUUUAACAAAAAUGUUAUAACAAAUAAUUACACAUUUUAAAAAGCAUUUAAGAUUUUUGUAAAUGUUUUAUCUUAUUACUUAUUACUCUCUAUAAAAUGGCAUUACAUUUGGUAAAGAAUGCAUGAUGACUCGUUUAGGACUCGAAACUUAUGGGCUUGGGACUUGAGUGCUAAGACUUGAGACUUUCUUCUGAUUUGCAAAACAGUGACUUGGUCCCACCUCUGCUAAAUACUCAAUUGAAGUUGACUGUUGAUGUUAUUUUUCAUGUACCUAUGAACUUUUUAUAGCCAGUUUUAAGGCCUGCAGGUGGUCAGUGUGUCAUAUUCAAAACAACAGAUUUCAGGUGGUUGAUAAAGGUGAUUAUGCAAAGUGUAAGAAGCAAAGUGAAUCUGCUUUAAAUGGUAAAAUAUAUGUACGUGUGUGUGGAUGUGAAAACUACCAGAUUUCUUUCUUAAUUCUGUAUACUUUACAAACAAGGUCUUCAUUUAUUUAUUUCUAAGCCUUUGGUCACUCUGUAUCUCAUCAGUACCAACAGCUAUAUGUUUUGAUUAUUAUUUUUUUUUUUUUUCUUUAAACAUGUAGCAUUUUGUAUGCACUUUACUUCCCUUAAAGCUCACAAAAGCCUUAAGUUCUGGGUACCUUCACAUGUACAGGGAUAAUUUAAGCUCUUUGCACAUUUAUAUUACAGACGUGUUGUGUUUUGUAAGCUCACCAUGUUGUAAAGACUCUUCUAUGAUAAUGUUGUCUUGAAAACUGAUGACUGACCUGGAAUUUACCUCAUAAGUAAAACUUUUAUUGCCUGUAGAUCGUGUGGUGUUGUACACAAUAAAAGAAAGUGGAAAACAUCUUUUUAAAGCCUUUAUUAUUACACAGAUAUGGGGCCAGGCAGUGCUUACAAGUUACACCAAGUAGCCUAAAGUACAGCAUUUCAAAAUCACAUCGUUAUUACAUCGAGACAAAUCAGAAACGGCACUUAAUGUAAAAACCCCCCAGGUGUCAGUCCCCCCAAG